GUCAGUUCCUGCUCGUCGAUCGGUGUGUACCUGAAGUACCGUUAGUCCCGAGGGCCUUAAAGAAGCUUUCGUAUUAUCAACAGUGAUAAUUACGCGCGUGUGGGCGUGGGAGUUUGGCAGUGAGAACGGUGUAUUUCGAUUCUGGGAGAAUAAAAGAAGAUAUCGUGUAACGCAAAUCCUUAAGCCAAAAUUGAGAAACACAUAAUUGAUUCACCUGUUUUAAAAAUGGGGGAAGUUCUCGAAGAGAAUGAUCAUCGCAGUCUUAGUAAUUGGCUAAAUGUGAACGAUACGAAUGGCACAAUUCACCUGACAAAGGAUAUGGUUUUUAAUGAUGGCCAUCGAUUGUCCAUCACAGUCUACAGCAUACUGUUUGUGAUCUCAACAAUUGGCAAUAGCACCGUGCUAUAUCUGCUGACCAAGCGGCGUCUACGAGGCCCAUUGCGGAUUGAUGUGAUGCUAAUGCAUCUGGCCAUCGCAGACCUCAUGGUGACGUUGCUCCUGAUGCCAAUGGAAAUUUUUUGGGCCUGGACGGUUCAGUGGCUCUCCACCGAUCUGAUGUGUCGCCUAAUGAGCUUCUUCCGCGUUUUCGGUCUGUACUUGUCCAGCUACGUGAUGGUUUGCAUAUCGCUAGACAGAUACUUUGCCAUCCUGAAGCCACUGAAGCGGUCCUACAAUCGGGGACGCAUCAUGUUAGCCUGUGCCUGGCUGGGCUCUGUCGUGUGCAGCAUUCCCCAGGCCUUUCUCUUCCACCUGGAGGAGCAUCCCAAAGUUAAAGGCUACUUUCAAUGCGUCAUCUUCCACUCGUUCAGGAGCGACUUUGAAGAGAAGCUCUAUCAGGCGGCCUCGAUGUGCAGCAUGUACGCCUUUCCCCUGAUUAUGUUCAUCUACUGCUACGGAGCCAUAUACCUGAAAAUCUACCGGAAGAGCCAGCGCGUUCUGAAGGACGUGAUCGCCGAGCGUUUCCGGCGCUCCAAUGACGAUGUUCUCAGCAGGGCCAAGAAGCGGACCCUCAAGAUGACGAUCUCCAUUGUGAUCGUGUUUAUCAUUUGUUGGACCCCGUACUACACCAUCUCCAUGUGGUACUGGAUGGACAAGCACUCCGCGGACAAGAUCAAUCCCCUGGUCCGGAAAGCAUUGUUCAUCUUCGCCUCGACAAACUCCUGCAUGAAUCCUUUGGUCUACGGACUCUACAACAUUCGUGGGCGCAUGAACAACAAUAAUCCGUCCGUGAACAACAGGCACACAUCGCUGUCCAAUCGCCUGGACUCAUCCAAUCAGCUGAUGCAGAAGCAGCUGACCAACAAUUCGCUGCUCAAUGGAAAGGGUCAAGCGGUGGCAGCCGCAGUGGCGGCCACCACAAAGUUGGCCAACGUUGUGGGUCUGAAGGGCACUGCCAACUCCAAUGGAUCUGCUGCACCAGCGGAAAUUGGGGUCGCCGCGCCCCGAGCAGUAUCCAUUGCCCCGCUGGCCAGUGACGACGAGGCCAACGACGAUUCCAGCCUCAGUGCGGUCACCAUCAGGUGCCAGGAUCCAUCUAGGUUCCGCCAGAAGUAAUUUCGUUGUGGCGACUCCAUCGAAAUGACCAGUGUGGUUAAGUAAACAAUAACAUAUAGAGCUGCGAGAGCAACUGGAUCAAUUAAGCGAUCUGCUACUGUUCAUCUGGAGAAGUCGGCUUGGAACAAAGGGCAUUUAAUUUGCUAACCAGCUUAGUUCGGAAUUUUCAUCAUAAAUUCUUUUCGCAUUUGCAUUUAGCUAGUUACAAAUUAAAAUGUUUUCAAGACAACAAACGCCGAAGCAGGAAAGAUACAAAUUUCGAUUUUAAAUCGCUUUGUUUUGGACCAUUAAAUGUUUGGAAGUCAAAGCUAUCGCAUAGGAAAUACGCUUAAGAUGUAAUACCGCUCACUAUUAGAUUUACACUAGUUCGUCGGAUUAUUGCUUAAUUUAAAAUAAUUUAUUCAUAACAAAUAAUUAUAAACGAAAUCGAAAUAAAAAUAUCUUAAAAAUUAUAGAAAAUACCAAGACA